AACAACGUUCAACCUUCGAUUCAUAACUCGAAGUUGCAUUUCUAAGGUUAACAUGACUUCCUUAACCGACAUCAUUCAACUCGAGAACUUCGCAUCUAAGAUGCCACAAUGGAGUCCCAACCUCCCCAGCCACCUCUACGCCUUAGUUGACAUGGGAAGGUUUGUCACAUCAUUAUCUUGCGUAUCUUGAAAUUGGCAAACCUGCCCAAAUCCUAGUCUUUGAUAUUUUAGUCCCUUCUAUUUUCCAGCGCCAGCUCUCCUCUCUGCUUCAUAGUAACCUCGUAUAGCAAUGGGAUACGGUUCUCCAUCUCCGAUUUGUCACCUCCGCAAACUCGCCUCCUGAAAUGCGUAUAUCGCGAACGCGCUGCCAUAUCCCUGUUUGAUGCACUUAACACGUUGUCCUCCGGUGGACCUUUAAUAUUUCCACAGGAUGUCAUUAACCAGGUCUCUAAGACAAUGGCUCGGUUCAAAUCCAUUGCCGAUGACUUUGGCGUACCAGCAGAACACAUCUCCGUCUUCGCCACGGAAGCCAUGCGGAAAGCUGAAAAUGCAGCUUCAAUGUUAGAUGCUAUCUUAGCAACUUCAGGAUUAGGUGUUCAUGUGCUCGCUCCAGAAGUUGAAACUUUGUUUGGAGCGAUGGGUGCCAGGAGUGGAUUCACCGCGGUAAAUGGCUUGUUUCUGGAUUUAGGAGGCGGCUCGGUUCAGAUGACUUAUUUGAACUCGUCGGCAGAUGGCUACGAGAUGGCAGCGGCGCAGACAGGGAAAAGCCUACCUUUCGGAGCAGCUAAGUUAAGCAGAAUCCUCGAGGAUGAUGAGUCGGAGGUUCGGGCCACGGCGUUGAGCACUCUACAAGAUGGCAUGCGAGGUGCUUUUGCCAAUCUCCGGCAGCAAUUCCCAUCGUUGAGAGAUACUCAGAUCGAUCACGAGAAUGGUGGUGUCGAUAUAUACCUCUGCGGUGGAGGCUUCAGGGGUUAUGGUAGCAUACUGAUGCACACUGAUCCUAUUCAACCUUACCCAAUACAUGCAAUUGGCGCAUAUACGGUUCGGGGUUCAGUAUUCAGUCGGACCACGCACAUGCGUAAAGUCAACGACGAAUAUGAUGGCAAGAUCUUUGGCAUGUCGAAACGACGUCGCCAGCAAUUUCCAGCUAUCGCCGCGGUUGUAGAAGCCUUGAUCGGUGCCGUUCCUCGGAUUCGCACUGUCACAUUUUGUAGCGGUGGCAACCGGGAGGGUGCUUUAUUCAUGAAGCUUCCCGGGGCCAUGAGGGAGGGAAAUCCUUUAUCAAUUCUCCAUCCAAUUAGUAGCAAGGUGGAGCUUGAAACCGUACAAUCGGUGUUGGAUAUUGUGCAAUCAUCUCUACCCGCAGACAUUGAUUUUUCUGGAAUUCCGAACGUGUUUACUCUAGGACUUGGCCCUCUUUUCGCCAAUAAUAUAUGGACGCGUGUCGGGGAACCAAGCGAUGCCAACGCAGCCUUUGAAUUGCACCAAGCCAUUCACCGGGACUCGAGUGCGCCUGGCCUUACCCAUUUAGCCCGCGCAGUCCUAGGCCUGACUCUUUGUUUUAGGUGGGGAGCUGGCCUCGGUCCUUCCGACAAGCUGCUCCAAAGCAAUUUGCAAAAACUUGUUGACCGGUCGAACCCCGAGGCUAAUUUUUGGGCGGAAUACCUCGGUGCAGUUGCCAACCUGUUCGUCAAACUCUGUCCAGCAAAACCGAAUACGGCCGAUAAAGCGAAGAAUAUCGUUAAAUUCAGCUCGGUUAUGGAAAAUGGAAAGACGAAAGACAGGUUGCUGUUAACUGUCUCACUAUCUUCAAGUAUAUACCAGGCCCUAGAUCAUCACGAGCUAGGAAGGUACUUCAAGGACAUCAGGAAGCAUCGAGGCAUCGCAAACAAGACUAAGACGAAAGUCGAGCUCAUUUUACAUAGAAUCGACUCCUAACUCUAGACAUACUGAGACCAUAACAUCAUACAAACACGACCGAAACGACGACGCCCGCAUUUUUUACUAGGGAAUGGAAUACCCUUCCGCGAUGCUGAUACCGGCAGCGAGUGUCGUCAAACAAGCAAUAUGCCUUUCGUAGUGUUCCCUUCCCCUAUCAUAAUAAGGCAUAAUGCAGGCUCAAAAUGCGGAUGGGUAUCAGCCUGGUCGCUAAACUCCUUCGCUAAACCGUCGACCUUCAUCAGAUCAUAGACUCAUUGAAAUUCUGCUUGAAACUCCGGAACCUAACCCAAGAUCAAACAACACAACGAGAAACGAGAACGCUAAGAAAUUCGUGCUAGGACAGCAUUCCUAUCGCCUAAUUCGCUUAGAU